GAGGAGAGCUACGAAUCCAUCCGCUCCAUCCAUGAUGCUGUGGCUGCUAUUCCUGACUCUCCCCUGCCUAGGGGCUUCCAUGCUCAAAACCCCAGCACCCGCCCCUGAGAAUGAGCUGGUGGGCAUCGUUGGGGGCCACAGUGCCCGCCAGGGGAAGUGGCCGUGGCAGGUCAGCCUGAGGGUCUAUGUUUACCAUUGGGCCUCCUGGGCACACAUCUGUGGGGGCUCCCUCAUCCACCCCCAGUGGGUGCUGACUGCCGCCCACUGCAUUUCCCGGAAAGACGCCGACCCGUCAGCCUACCGGAUCCACGCCGGGAAUGUGUAUCUCUACGGGGGCCGGGCCCUGCUGAAAGUGAGCAAAGUCGUCGUCCACCCCAAAUACGUCGCUGCCUAUCUGGGCUAUGACCUGGCCCUGCUGAAGCUGGCCACGCCCUUGAGAGCAUCCAACAGCAUCCGGCAGGUCUCCCUGCCAUCUCAGUCGCUGGAUUUUAGCCCGGAGGACGAGUGCUGGCUUACCGGCUGGGGCCGGAGGUCAUACUUUGAGCCACUGCACCCCCCCUAUCGCCUGCAGCAGGUACAAAUCCCACUGGAAAAUGAUGAUGACUGUGAGAAGAGCUAUGGGAGGUACCUGCAUGUCAGAGCCAAUAGUAAGAUCAUCCCAGAGGACAUGAUGUGCGCUGGCACCCUGGGCCGGGGCCCCUGCAUGGGAGACUCCGGGGGCCCCCUGAUGUGCAGGAAGGGAGGCGCCUGGAUCCAGGUGGGCGUGGUCAGUUGGGGCAUUGGUUGCUCCAUGGUAGAUCUGCCUGCCGUCUUCACCAACGUCCAGAAACACUCGGACUGGAUUCAGCGGCAAAUCCAGAGGCGCCAGUGAGCCCCAGGCCGGGGCCGGGGCCAGGCUGCCCGUCAGUGGAGCGUGGGGCGUCUCCAGCCACGUCACAUCCCCAGUGUGAAGCUCCUCAUCCCAUUCUUACUCCCCUUCCUUCCCCAAACUUCAGCCCUCCCCUCUCCUGCUCUUCUAGUGGUUCCAUCCUUUCCUGCCGGUGGGGACGGGCAGGAGGGCCCCGAUGGGGUUGGGGUGCUAUGCGCUGCUUUUGUCUCAUUAAACUGUUUGGUAAACAG